UUUUGAAGAUGACCUCCUUCAAGCAACAUUUUACCAAACUGUUUAGAAGAACUUCCCAUUCAUCAAGGUUUCCUUCCACGGAUGGACAAGAAACAACAAGCAACUCAAAUAGUGCCGCAGUUCCUAGUGUGACACCUCAAGGAACAAGAUGGAACAACAGACAGACUGCAACAGCACCUCAGUUAACAACUCAAGAAAACUAUUUCGAUAUCCCUUACAAAAUGCUAUUUCUGUUUGCUCUUUUUUGUUUCUCUUUGAUAGGCUUAGUUUCCUAUGGUUUAUGGUAUUCUGGGGCGCCUUGGUCUAUUGCAGUCAUACCCCUGAUUGCGCCAAGCUUUGGAUUUACUCUCCUAUUUACCAUGUUUUAUAUUUCAUCAAAGUAUCCCUCUUCAGUGACAGAAAGAAGCACUAGGAGAAGAGUAGCUAGAUACAUCUUUCACCCAAACACAAGUCCAAGAACUCGUCGUACCUUGAGACAACUGGCGUUUUCAGACAGGGACUUUACAGAAAGAGACUAUGAAGCAUUAUUAGAACUAGACAGACUACCAAGCACGGAAGCUUUGCAAGAGUUUCUUCAAGGUGCCUCAGAUGAUCUGAUAGAAAGAAUCCCUUCCUAUAUUUUUGUACAACCUGAUCAAAACUUAGCCAAGAAUGAAUUGCAAGAAAAUACAAGGCAGAGUAGCGUGCCCAGUUUUGCACCUAAAGAGAAUGAAGACACAGCAAUGUCAUGUUCUAUCUGUUUAGAAGCAUAUGUCGAUGGAGAACAACUGAGAGUACUUCCUUGUAUGCAUCAGUUUCAUUCUUUAUGCGUGGACAAAUGGUUGAGGAGAUAUGCUCGAUGUCCUAUUUGUAAAUUUGCUAUAUUAUAAUACAAGGGCAACCUGUGUUGUGAAAUGAAACAAGAGUGUAAGUUAUUCGUGUCGCGAAGACUUUUUAAUUGUUGUUGAAAUAAAUCAAUAAAAAGAGUUCACAAGUGAAAUACAUGAAUACUUUAAAGUGAUUUUG